AAAUUAAACUAUUGUAUCUUUACCUAACAUUUUAAGCUUUUCAAUGAGUUAGUUUUUCACAUGAAGAAACAAGAAAUACAUGUUACAGAUCAAACUCACAUACCAUGCAUGUAAUAACUCACACUCAAUUUUCUAUUUAGACACCUGGGUAAAUAUUUCCCCAUCACCGCAAGAUCACAUUACAUGAUGGCUUCUCCUAAAUAUUUAUUUUUUGUUCCUAUUUUGUGUCAGAUUAUUCUCUUGCUGUUGAUUUCCCAUCUUCCCAACAUACUUUCACAAGACUCAAGCCCCACCAUAGCUCAAUGCACACCAAGCCUCCUUCUCCUUAUUCCUUGCACAACAUUUGUGCAGGGUACUUCCCCUUCUCCAGGGUCAGCAUGCUGUGGCAACCUCAAGCAACUCUACAGCCAAGAGCCACAUUGUCUGUGCCUCUUUCUCAAUGGCACUAACUUGAGGUCUCUCCCUAUCAACAGAACACUUGCUUUGCAGCUGCCAGCUCUUUGCUCCCUUCAAGUUAAUGCCAAUAUGUCGGCCUGUUUAGGGGAACAAGUGCAUAUGCCUGCAACUUCUCCUCAAUCACAAGUUUCCUUUGGGACAAAGAACAACUCCACCGUUAUUGCUUCUCCCUCAUUUUCGGUGCCACCAAGACCAAUCAUGAUGGGGAUUGGGUUUGGAAGUAGCAAAGCCACUAACUUGAAGACAGGGAACAGAUUUGUUGUUGGUCCAACUUUAGCAAUUUUAUUGUUCCCAUCUGUGCUGUACUACUAUUAGUUUUCAUAUGUUCCCUCAUUGUGAUUUAGUAAACAGGCUAGGAUUGACAAAUUUAUUCAAGUUAACUUUGCAGUGUCAUUUAUAUUGGGAGUUCGGAUUAGAUUAUCAUUCUUAGGUAAAAAAAAUAAACAUCUUUUCUGAUAGAAGGUAUUAUUAUUAUUAUUAUUUAGACAUUAAAAAACAACUUUUCCUCCUCCCUUGUGCCUUCAUGAACUUUUUCUCCAAGUAACAAUUAGUUGUCAUUAUAUUAUAAACAAACAAUCAAUCAUCGUGUGAUUAACUAUCAAUUUCCUACUCACACUUAAUGAAUUAUAGCAAAAUUCUAUACCAAAUGAAGGAGAUGGUAACACAUAAUUCUAGUUCAACAAAACCAGUAUCGAUUGGAACUCAACCUUUACCCUGAACUAUGUAUGUAUGUAAAAGAUUCUAUUUCAGUAGUUCUGAUCUAGAA